AGUGCUUGUUUGUUUGUGCCAAAGUCUUUGAUUCGGUUGCUACAUUUGUAUAACACAUAGGGUUUAGAUUGUCAUAGCUAGAGAGAGAUGGAGGAGGGUAAAGAAUUUGGAAUGAGAAAAGAGGUUGAAGAAAGUCAUGUUGGAAAAGAAAUAGAAAAUGAUCAAGAGGCUAUAAAGAAGAUUAUUGCAAGCCAUCCUUUAUUUGAAGUUUUGAUUGAGUCUCACAUUAACUGUUUGAAGGUAGGAUCUGAGGAUGCAGGUGAGUUUGAUAUAAAACGUGAUGCAUGGAAGAAAAUGGUGAACACAAAGUCCAAAGAAACUUCUAGUCCAAACACUUCAGAGCUUGAUCACUUCAUGGAAGCAUAUUGCAUGGCACUGGACAAGCUCAAAGAAGUGAUAGAGGAACCAACUAAAGAAGCAAAUGCUUUCAUCAAUUCGACCUAUAUUCAACUCAAAGAACUUGAUGAAGGAAAUAACCUAGCAACUUAAUAUAUGAUAAUUAGUAAGAAUUAAGGUUGUUGAUGGAUCUAGUUAAUUAUUGCAACUUUCAUG